AUGUCUCUAAUAUCGCAAUUAUCAGAUAUCUUCAAUAACCCAGACUUCCCCUCUCAGGUAUCCUCCAUUUCCAAAUCCACACAGCAUCGAGCGUAUCUCCGCAUUGACGCUUCUCUCACCGAUGACUCACGCACAUUUCUACUGGGCUAUAUCGACCUUCACAGUGGACAGCUUGUAUCAAAUCAAACUCCAACUCCAACUUCAGGUGUAGGAACAUCCCAGGAUGACAUCCCUCCAACACCUCAGUCAAUUGAAUCCAACCAUCCCAACAAACGUCGCAAGACGAGCAGUUUUUCUGGGUCGAUACCAAUAGAAUCAGCCAAGCAUCAUGAUCCUACUCACCCUCAUACCCGUCAGGUCCACAGUGACACUCGCUUUCCCCAGCGUAAGAAACCAGAAACAGAUGGGAUUGUGUUGGAGCCGACAUCCACCGACAAGCUCAUCGCCGGGAUAUGGCGGCAGCUGUUUUCAUCUGUAAAAUUAAGUCAAUCCUGUCCGAUCAUCGAACCUGGCAUCAACAUCCGCACUGGAGUGAGUGGCGAAGUCUUUCGCGCUGUCAAUACUCUCUGUGUGAAAUACUACAACCACAGCCACUCAUCACGAGCCCUGGAGAUGAUUGUCCAGGCAUACUGGAUUGAUUGUUACGAAGCCAGGAUUGCGGUCCUCCGACUAGAGAAUCCCAACUGUCCCAUGACAGAAGCACGAAUGAUGGCGCUGAAAGAAGCAUGCGCUGUCUUGAACUGGAAAGAAAAGGAUCUGCGAAAUCGAAUAGCCAUCUGGCGCGGAUACAAAGAAAUCAAAGACGCAGGCGGCUGGGCCAGUCUCAUCUUCGCCAGUUCGGGUGUAUACAGAUUCUGCAAAUACCGCAGCGGGUUUAAUGGCAAUUUCGCUACGAGACUGCGUCAGCUCCAGUCUGCCUUUGAAGUUGCCGCUGAUACCCUGCAUCCGGAAUGGAGGGAGCUUCUACAUGUCAUCGGUCAGGCUGAGCCUCGGCGAUAUCAUGGCCAUCCGCAUGAGUGGGUGACGGUUACUACAGGGCCGGCGGUUCCGCUGGGGUCGACGUAUGGCCAUCUCUCUCUGCCGGAUGGGUUUCACUAUCGCUUUCUGGACGAAUGUGUGAUUGACUCGACUGUGUUUGAGAAAGACCCACGCAUGAUGCCAGGCUUGGAUAAGGAUAUCUGCCGGGUUUGCCGCGGGAGGCAGGCAGACGAGGUUGAAGCCAACCAGUGUGUCUGUUUCCCCACGGUGUUUGGGGGGGUCAAAGCACCAGUUGCAGUUCAAUUAGUGCGCACGGCUGGGAAGAAUAACGGCAUUAUUGCCCGAAGUGACUUUGAUCGCGGAACCGCCAUCGGAGAAUUCAUCGGGUUCAUCACAGCCGGCAUUAAAGGACGCGACGUGAUGGUCGGUCAAGGAUACCAGAUCUUCCAAGGGGAGAUGGGCAAUUUCACUCGAUUCAUCAAUCAUUCGUGUCGACCGAAUAGCCAGUUUGAAAGGUUCUGUUGGCGGGGGAAAGAGAGGAUUAUUGUGGUGUCGCGGGGAGUGAGUGCGGGGAGCGAAGUGACGGUGGACUAUUCGGAUGGAUAUUGGGAGGAGCUGGAGAAGAAGUGUUUGUGUGGAGAGAAUAACUGUCGAUAUAUAUAGCAUAAAAUAAUAUACAUAAUAAUAUGAAACAAUAUAUGAG